UAUCUAUGGUCCCUGGAAUUAUAGGAUGCAUUGGAUUCCUUUUUGCAAAGCAGCAGGAAGAGACUUCACAUAUAAUUUGUCUUCUUGGUCUCACCUGUUAAGAAUGGCCAACUUCACCAAAGCCAAUUUCACCGAGGAAAACACUAAGUAUAAAAUCGUGGAAAUGAUUUUCAUAGCUACUGUAACUGGGUCACUUAGUCUUGUCACUGUGGUUGGAAAUAUCUUGGUCAUGCUGUCCAUCAAAGUGAACCGCCAACUUCAGACUGUCAACAACUAUUUCCUCUUUAGCUUGGCCUGUGCUGACUUGAUAAUUGGCAUCUUCUCAAUGAAUCUGUACACCGUGUAUAUAGUCAAGGGCUAUUGGCCACUUGGGGCUGUAGUAUGUGACCUCUGGCUGGCACUGGACUAUGUAGUGAGUAAUGCCUCUGUCAUGAACUUACUCAUCAUCAGUUUUGACCGCUAUUUCUGCGUUACCAAACCACUGACCUACCCAGCUAGGCGGACAACCAAAAUGGCAGGACUGAUGAUUGCAGUUGCUUGGAUAUCAUCCUUUAUCCUCUGGGCACCUGCCAUAUUGUUUUGGCAGUUCAUUGUCGGAGAGAGGACAGUACCAGAAGGAGAGUGCUACAUUCAGUUCCUCUCCAACCCGGCUGUAACCUUUGGCACAGCCAUUGCUGCUUUCUACCUCCCAGUGGUUAUCAUGACUGUGUUGUACAUCCACAUCUCAUUGGCCAGCCGGAGCCGUGUGAGAAGGCACAAACCAGAAAGCAAGAAAGAGAAGCGGACUAAGCCCCUCAGCUUUCUGAAAAGCCCUCUGGUCAAGCAGACUAACAACAAUUCUCCCAAAAAAGUGGUGGAGGUGAAGGAGGAAGCAAAAAACGGGAAAGUAGAAGAGCAGCCCUUGCAACCAUCUGAAACUACUGGCCACCAAGAGGAGAAAGAAACCUCUAAUGAAUCCAGCACGGUAAGCAUCACCCAGACGAAUAAAGAGAAACAGGGGCUGGAGAUUGUACCAGCUGAUACAGGCGAGAGCCCUGCCCAUCCUCGGAUCAACCCUGCCUCUAAGUGGUCCAAAAUUAAGAUAGUCACUAAACAAACUGGGACUGAAUGUGUCACUGCCAUUGAGAUUGUCGCAGACAAAGAAACCCAUUCCACCCCAAUCACCUUAUCAAACAGCCGUCCAGCUAAUGUUGCCAGGAAAUUUGCCAGCAUUGCCAGGAGUCAGGUCAGGAAGAAGCGACAAAUGGCAGCUCGAGAGAAGAAAGUCACCAGAACCAUUUUUGCCAUCUUGUUGGCUUUCAUUUUGACAUGGACACCUUACAACGUGAUGGUCCUCAUUAAUACUUUCUGCAAUUAUUGUGUUCCUGAAACAGUCUGGUCCAUUGGGUACUGGUUGUGCUAUGUCAACAGCACCAUCAACCCAGCUUGUUAUGCCCUUUGUAAUGCUACCUUCAAGAAAACUUUUAAGCAUCUUCUUAUGUGUCAGUACAGGAACAUUGGUACUGCAAGAUAA